GCCUGACAUCCUCUCACUAUCAAAGCUGAAGAUUUUGAUAAUUUCUCAUAAUAGAAUCCAGUAUCUUGACUUGAGUGUUUUUAAAUUCAACCAGGAACUGGAAUACUUGGAUUUGUCCCACAACAAUUUGGAGAAGAUUUCUUGCCACCCUACUCUGAACCUCAAGCACUUAGACCUCUCAUUUAAUGCAUUUGAUGCCCUGCCCAUAUGCCAAGAGUUUGGCAACAUGUCUCAACUAGAAUUUCUGGGGUUGAGUGCCACACAGUUACAAAAAUCCAGUGUGCAGUCAAUCACUCGUUUGCACAUCAGCAAGGUUUUAUUGGUCUUAGGAGAUACUUAUGGGGAAAGAGAAGAUGCUGAGAGCCUUCAAGACCUUAAGACACAGAGCCUGCACGUUGUUUUCCCCACAGGAAAGGAAUUCCAUUUUAAUUUGGACGUGUCAGUCAGCACCACAGUGAGUCUGGAACUGUCUAAUAUCAAAUGUGUGCUUGAUGAUAAUGGGUGUUCUUAUUUCGAAAAUGUUCUGUCCAAACUUCAAAAGAACUCAAGGUUAUCAAAUCUUACUUUAAACAACAUUGAAAUAACUUGGAAUUCCUUCAUUACGAUCCUCCAGUUGGUUUGGCGUACAAACAUUGAGUAUUUUUCCAUUUCAAAUGUGAAACUACAAGGUUACCUUGACUCUAGAGAUUUUGAUUAUUCUGACACUUCACUGAAGGCCUUGUCUAUACACAAAGUUGUCCAUGAUGUGUUCAGUCUUCCACAAGGUCAUGUCUAUAAAAUAUUGUCAAAUAUGAACAUCCAACAUCUCACAGUGUCUGCUGCGCACAUGGUCCACAUGGUCUGCCCGUCCCAAAUUAGCCCAUUUCUGUAUUUGAAUUUUUCCAGUAAUCUCCUAACAGACACAGUUUUCAAAAACUGUACAAAUUUGGCUAAUUUGAAGACACUUAUCUUACAAAAGAAUCAAUUAAAAGAACUUAUAAACAUAGUUCAUAUGACCCAGGAAAUGAAGUCUCUACAACAACUGGAUGUUAGCCAGAAUUCCCUGGCGUAUGAUGAAAGUGAAGGAAAUUGCCCUUGGGCCAGAAAUUUAUUAAGUUUAAAUAUGUCUUCAAAUAUACUUACUGACUCUGUUUUCAGUUGUUUACCUCCUCAGAUCAAGGUUCUUGAUCUUCACAAUAACAGAAUAAGGAGCAUCCCUAAAGAUGUCACUGGUCUAGAAACCUUGCAAGAACUCAACCUUGCUUCCAAUUCUUUAGCCCACCUUCCUGGAUGUGGUAUCCUUAGCAGCCUUUCCAUACUGAUCAUUGACUAUAAUUCAAUUUCCAGUCCAUCAGCUGAUUUCUUCCAGAGCUGCCAGAAGAUUAGGUCCCUCAAAGCAGGGAACAAUCCAUUCCAAUGUUCCUGUGAGCUAAGAGAGUUUAUCCAAAGUGUAGGCCAAGUAUCAAGUGACGUGGUAGAGGGCUGGCCUGAGUCUUAUAAGUGUGACUAUCCGGAAAGCUACAAGGGAACCCCUCUGAAGGACUUCCACGUAUCUGAGCUAUCCUGCAACACAGCUCUGCUGAUUGUCACCAUUGUGGUCCCUGGGCUGGUGCUGGCUGUUGCUGUGACUGUCCUCUGUAUCUACCUGGAUCUGCCCUGGUACCUCAGGAUGGUGUGUCAGUGGACGCAGACCCGGCGCAGGGCCAGGAAUGUACCCUUGGAAGAACGCCAAAGAACUCUCCAGUUCCAUGCUUUUAUUUCACAGUGGCACGAUUCUGCCUGGGUGAAGAAUGAAUUAAUACCAAACCUAGAAAAAGAAGAUAUAAGGAUUUGUCUCCAUGAGAGAAACUUUGUUGCUGGCAAGAGCAUCGUGGAAAAUAUCAUCAACUGCAUUGAGAAAAGUUACAAGUCCAUUUUUGUCUUGUCUCCCAACUUUGUCCAGAGCGAGUGGUGCCAUUAUGAACUCUACUUUGCCCACCACAAUCUCUUCCAUGAAGGAUCUGAUAACUUAAUCCUGAUCUUGCUGGAACCCAUUCCACAAUAUUCCAUUCCUAGCAGCUACCACAAGCUAAGAGCUCUCAUGGCACAGAGAACUUAUUUGGAAUGGCCCAAGGAGAAGAGUAAACACGGACUUUUCUGGGCUAACCUAAGAGCAUCCAUUAAUAUUAAACUGAUGGGAAAAGCAGCAGAAGUACGUUACACAGAGAUUUAA